AUGGCCGAAAAUGAGGGAAAUAUGCAAACGAAAGAAGGCGAGAUGUGUUCCCAACACGAGUCCUCAGGCGACUGGCCGGAAGAAGAUUGUACUGGUGCAAAUGACGAAAACUUCAAUUUGUCUAGUGACAAGGGAAAGGGGAAGAGUGCCGGCUCGAUGAUCGACAGGCUUCAGUCAUCUGGAAGAGGUAUUAUUCAAGGGACAAUAACCGACAAGCGCAUGACGGCGUUCUCUUCGAGCCAGAAGGGAGGGGGGGAAUCGAGUGCAUCGGCGCAUUUUACAGCGCAUCAAUCGAUUUCCGGAACGGAGCAACAGAGGAAUAGACAGGCGCCUGACAAUACGGCCCAGCAGUCGUUUAAAUCGGACCGUCGCUCACAAGGGAUUUCUGAUGCAUUCGAGGCUUUCGAAGCUGGUGAAAAGCUGAAGCUCGACUUGUACACGCCUGGCAUAUUCGACUCACCCAGAAAAGACAGAUCUGUAAUGGAGCAGGAAGCUUUGGAUGGCUCUGACGUGGUGGCGUUCAUUUCACGGUCCGAGGUUGGGGAUUCGGUGAUUUCUGAGGAGCCUGAGGAGCCUGAGGAGCUGACCCCCUCUGAGGCAUCCAGAUUACGAGAAGCUCUAUUCGAAUCUGGGAGCUCCUGGCCAUUCUGGGACCAACUCCUCAACUUCAACCCCGAUUUUGUGGUGAGAGCAGAUGGUUCCCGGAGGGAGGCGGACAUCUACAUGGGCACAUCAGAUGCGGAACUUGCUCGAAGCACAUGGCUGAGACACUGGAAUGAUGUUCUUUCCUCCUAUACCGACGAGGUAUGGGGGGAUCUAGGACCACUCGCAGCAGAGGCGAAGGGGGAAUUGGAGCAAAAUCGGCACACCCAGCAAUCUUUGGCAUUAAAUCGGCUCAGGCUCAUCUUGACCCAUGUCCGUGGUCAUUGA